AUGGCUGCCAGGCAUUUGUUCUUUGCAACGAUAAUUCUUCUUGCUACAAGCUGCGUCCUUGUUUUCUUGGGAACUAACUUAUCUUCACAGAAGCUCUACCGUGGUUAUUUUUUGCGAUCGCCAUCUUGGGAGCGGCAGCAGCACCAGGACGACCAAAGUGCAGAAUAUAAUGUUUGGGAUCGGAGCAGGUCACAGGUUUGGGAUCAGAGAAAGAACUACGUGAGGCUUUGGUGGCGGCCGAAUCAAACGAGAGGGGUGCUCUCGCCGAGAUGGAUCGCUGCCUCCGCUCCAAGUCGUCGACAACAACGAGCUUUCGAGAAACUUCACCUUAACGGGGUUCUCGACAAACAUGGCUUUCGGGGGUGCUGGGAUUGCACGGAGCUACUCACUUGUGGAAGCGCUCGAGAGACAACUGGAUUAGGAGGAACUAUCACGUAUGGGGAGCUACAAGCUUGCAUGGCAGAACUUGGAGUGCCACUGACGUUGGACAGAGGAUUUCAUCAGGAUGGUCUAGACAGCAACUAUUUCAAGAGAACAGGCACAGGCAGCUGCGAAGAUAGAGAUCCUUUGUCACGCCUCGAGAUAAUUCGUGUAAGAAAACAACGCAGCCAGUACCGAGGUUGUGUGAUCAUGUCGAAAACAUGUGACUCUACUCGUAAGCUACUUCGUGGCCAACGAGUGCCAGAACAAGGAUCCCUUCUGGGCUCUCCGGGUGGCGGCCCCGCAACAUUUGGCGUGGUUCUCAGCGUCACUUACAGGACUCACCCGGCACCAGCAGCUGUCACCAACGUCCACCACGAGGUCUCAGCCAACGAUUCUUCCAGCCUGAGGGACUUCAUCGCCGAGUACGCCAGGCUCAUGCCAUCCACUGCAGACAAAGGAUACGGAGGAGGCUUUGUCGCCCUUCCCAAUGGCGGUCACUUGAACUACGUUCUUCCCGGGGGCAACCAGAGCACAGCGCAGCAGGACUGGCAGCCAUUGGUCGACUUCGCGGCCAGCCACCCGGGGCUCAAGGUGCUCCAGAGAAUCGCCACGUUUCCAAACUUCUACGCCUUCUUCAAUGCCACGCUGUGCAAGAACGCCGUGCACGGGAUCCUGGCCAGCAAGCUGCUUCCCAGGUCGCUGUUUGUCAACUGCUUGGACGCCAUCGCCGACGCCUACAUGGGGAUCCUCACCAGGAACUCGAGCAACGGCGCCAGGAACUUCAUUCUCACCAUGGGCGUUGGUGGUGGAGCUGGAGCUCUAGGUGACGAGCACAGUGCUGCGCUGAAUCCUGCGUGGAGGAAGGCCCUGUGGCACACUGUCAUCCAGGCCGUGUGGGACGACAAUGCAAGCGACGAUGUGAUCCAGCACAAGUUUGCAGGCAUCACGAGUGCGAACCAGGUGUUUAGAGACUUGGCACUGGAGUCUGGGAGCUAUAUGAACGAGGGAGAUUACAACAAGCCGGAUUGGCAGACGUUGUUCUUCGGUGCACUACGAGAGGCUUGGCGAGAUCAAGGCACAGGUUGA